AUGUCGGCUGCCGUGGCGUGCCUGGACUACUUCGCCGCCGAGUGCUUGGUGUCCAUGUCCGCGGGUGCUGUGGUUCACCGCCGCCCGCCGGACCCCGAGGGCGCGGGCGGAGCGGCCAGCUCGGAGGUGGGUGCGGCGCCGCCGGAGUCCGCUCUGCCGGGUCCGGGGCCACCGGGGCCCGCGUCGGUCCCCCCGCUCCCCCAGGUCCCCGCCCCUAGCCCCGGCGCGGGCGGCGCCGCGCCCCACCUGCUGGCUGCAAGCGUCUUGGCUGACUUGCGCGGCGGCUCUGGUGGGGGCUUCGCAGAGUACUCCGGGGAAGUUCUGCGCGCUUCGUCCGGCUCCUCCGACCCGACCCCGUGCUCCGGCCCGACCCUGGGCUCCCAGCCAGCCCCGGCCUCCUGCGCAGCCGAGGUCUCGGGACCCAUGCACUCCUCCGGCGCGCUCGAAGUCCCUGGCGCGCCAGCCGUCCCGGGAGCGCCUGCCCACCCUGGCGCGGCGUCUGGCGUGGCCCCUGGGGCCGGCCCCGCCCCCGCCACGGGUCCAGGCCCCCGUCGGAGGCCAGUAACACCUGCUGCCAAGCGCCAUCGCUGCCCCUUCCCGGGCUGCAACAAAGCCUAUUACAAGUCAUCACAUCUGAAGUCCCACCAGCGCACCCACACGGGUGAGCGCCCGUUCUCCUGCGACUGGCUCGACUGCGACAAGAAGUUUACGCGCUCCGACGAGCUGGCCCGCCACUACAGGACGCACACGGGCGAGAAACGCUUCUCCUGCCCACUCUGCCCCAAGCAGUUCUCUCGGAGCGACCACCUGACCAAGCACGCCCGCCGCCACCCAUCCUAUCAUCCUGACAUGAUCGAGUACCGGGGGCGCCGUCGCACCCCCCGCGUCGACCCGCAACCCGCCAACCUGGUGGACAGCUCCGGCUCCGUCCCCGGGCAGGUGCCCAGCUUCACCACCUGCUUGUCUGACAGUCACUGCUGUUAG